UGACGAAUCCGGUUGUCAAGGAACGGGUUGAAGUUUACGGAACUUUUAGCGUUACUGCUAUUACAGUUUUUUUUUUUUAAACCACAGCUGUUUUUAUUACAUGUCGUUUUCACUGUACCACUGUUGUUGAUUAUAUUUAAGUGAAGAAGCGUCGUUUUAAAGCAGAACUCGGUCAACUAAACGAACCCGUGUAUUUGUGUGCGGAACGAAACCCAAGACUUUGUGAUGCUAGCUGCAUAACUUGCAUGCCAUGGCAAGAGUUCCUCCUCCAGGAUCAUUUAUCCCUGACUGGCACCGAUGUAAAGAAAGCAAAGAAUAUUUCAACAAGAUUAUGCACAAGAAGAAACGAAAGAACUUUGGUCUUUUGGAGUCUCCUGUGAUGCCCCCACAUGCAGCGGUGGACACAGUUCAUUAUAAGAUUUUCAUCUCGGGUAAAAGUGGAGUUGGGAAAACUGCUCUCACUGCACGCCUUGCUGGCCUGAAUUUUCCUAAUGUGCAUCAUGAAACCACAGGUAUUCAGACGACAGUGGUGUACUGGCCUGCGAAGCUGAUAGAAAAUGGCAGAGUGCUUUUUUUUCGUCUGCAGCUGUGGGACUGUGGCGAAAGUGCCUUACGCAGAUUUGACCAUUUGCUUCCAUCCUGUAAGGAACAAGUGGACGCAGUUCUCUUCCUUUUCUCCUUCACUGACAGGACGUCCUUUGAAGAUUUGUUAAAUCAAAUUCCUAAAUGGACCGAGUCAUCUCAUGGCUGCCUUGCCAAAGUGGUGGUUGGCACAAAGAGUGCACAGCAGUGGGUGGCUUUUUUGGUAACUCAGGAAAAGGACCUGAAACGGUUUGAUCUCUUCAUGCACUGCGAUGUAGCAGAGAAAGAUGUCAGGAAGUUCCAGGAGACGUGGAGGUUACCUGUGCUCCGCUCAGGUGGGGAGGUCAGCGAUGGGCUGGGUGACGUAGCCCCCAUACUCAACUGCCUUGCAGAGAAUCUGUGGCAUCAGGACUGUGUUAGAGCUGGUCAGCAUCCACAGCAAGAGUCAGUGACUCUACUUUAAAAGGAAAGGAUCAAGGUCAUUUUGGUAUGGGAUAGUCAAAAUAAAAGGGGGCGGCCAACGUCUCCUUACAUACAGUUACAACAGGAGCUGAUUUUGUUUUGUGAUCCAACAUAUAGGACUUAAUGGAUCUUUUGUAAAAAAAAUUAAAUAAAAGCAAAGCUCAUUUUCA